GUGGUAACACUGGGUUCUUGCUCUUCGCUGGCUUCUGCUAGUGUGUGACACCAGUUGUCGAUGAUACCGAUGGAUCCUGACAUGAUGCGAAGUUUGGAAUUCAAACUGGAAUUAAAAGUCUUGCCGAUAUCGUUCUACUAUAGCCAUUUAGUAGAUUGCUGUAGUUUCUUUGGGGAAAGGGGAAGGGUGACCAUUGCCUAGAAACAUUGCCAACGCACAAAGAAAUCCUGGGUGCCACACUUCCAGAAUGCCCUUGCGCCACAGUGCCUCGCGAACAACGCAAUACCUAUCUAUAUCAAUUUGUGCUUUGCAACGACUUCAUGCAACCGGCACAGACAAGUUCAGCGACUAUGGCUGUCAGGCAAGUAUACCAGACGAAAACACCUUGAGAACUACUCGUCAACAUGAGUGGAUUCGAAAUUUUUGGUGUAGUAGCAGCCCUUCCUGGAAUCAUCGAUCUUUGCAUCAAGUAUGGCGAGAAGAUCGAGAAGAAAGUCAAACUUUUCAUGACUGCCACUGAGCAUUCGCGACUGCAAGCCUUCGUACUUGAACUUUGCACUGGGGGGAUCAACGAUAUACUGUUGUUCUUCCGAAGCGUCCAUUCUCAGCUCGACAAAGCAUUCCAGCUUGUGCUCCACGACUCCAUCACCGUUCUGAACAAUGCGCUGAUCAAGGUAUACGAGGCAUUUCCAGAGGACUCAUUCGCGGAUAAGGCGAAAGUUGGAGCAAAGCUCAAAUUUGCAUUCUUCGACGCGAAACGGAUCGAGGAGGCAGUGACAGCGAUGGAAUUGUGGCAAGAUCGGUUCUCGAAGCGUGCUGAAAUCCAUCUGAGAUACAUAUUCUAUCCCAAGUAUGGAAUCCAUGCGGUACCAUCAAAGCAAGCCAGCGACUUCGACUCUGCCACCCUCCUUACUCCUGCCGCUCAAGCUAUGGACUUGCAAGAUGACGAUAGACAGCAAUUGUUCAACCGCCUCAAGCGCAUCGAUGCCAGUCGCCGUCGUGUGACUGGGCCACUACUCAUCAAGGAGCCGUCAGCGACAACAUACAAACAACUGAAAGACUCGCAUCUCUGGGUGGGAGCAGACAAGGAUUCAUCGUUAGGUUUGGUUGAAUAUCGAAGCUACAAAGCGGCUGAUGCGCCUUACGUGAAAACGCUGCAAAACACAGUGCGCAAUGUUGCUACGAAGCUGCGAGAAGCCGACGACUCGAGCAUGCAUAUACUGCCGUGUCGAGGCUUUUCGGACGAUGUCUUUGAAAAGCGCUUUGUGCUGCACUUUUCGUACCCAGCAAAGAAGUCGAACCCGAGGUCGCUUCGUAACCUUCUCGCUGACCCAGGCAACGUGCGGGGCAAAAAACACUCUCUGAGUGACCGUCUGCAGCUCGCACAAUCGAUUGCAACUGCUGUACUAUAUGUACAUUCUUGCGGCUUUGUUCACAAGAACCUGCGGCCAGAGAAUAUCAUCAUCUUCGAUGAAGACUUGGGAACAACCUCAUCGACCUAUCCCUACGCAAUCGGGCAGCCGUAUCUCGUAGGUUACGAUGGCGUGCGCCAAGAAGAUGCGCCUACGUUAAUGCUCGAGGUUACCAGCUGGCAAGAAAGGAUUUACUUGCCAGCAGAGAGGCUGAAGGAUAAGGAGCACCGAAUGAAAUUCAGUUGGCGCCAUGAUGUUUACAGUCUCGGCGUGGUGCUACUAGAGAUUGCGCUAUGGGAGAAUUUCACAAGUCAGUCCGGGCCAUUUCAUAAGGCACUAAAUGGUGCAGAGGAUCCAGGCAGCGUCCUCAGGCAAAUUUGGCUAAAACAACUGCCUCGAGUAAUGGGAAACAAAUACGCAGAGGCCGUUACGGCCUGCUUUGACAUGCUUCGGUCAAGUGAUGGCGGGGAGGAGAUUGAAGAUGAGGAUGGAAUUGGAAUGGGAACUACUUUUAUCUCGAGGGUUCUAGAUCGCCUAGAGGACAUCAGAUUGUAAUCCUCGAGGCUCGAUAUUGCUGGGAGGGAGUCGUAAUAUAAGAGCUAAGACACUGGAGAUUUGAGUGUGGCCCCUGAGAACUUAUUCAGGACCUUCCAUAUUUCACGUAUUUAAUACAAGUGAACACUUUGUAG